UAUGUUGCUCUUCCGGAGCUGAGUUCAUGAGUGUUGAUGAUUGUUGAAACGUGAACACAUGUUGACAAAAAAACACAUCGGCAUAGCAAUAUACAAUUCAUAAACAGCCAACAUGAGAGAUACACCGUUAUCAAACUGCGAGCGAGACUUUUUACUAAAAGCUAUUGAAGAAAAAAAGCGUUUGGAUGGGAGACAGACCUAUGACUACAGGAGCAUCAAGAUCUCGUUCGGGACAGAUUAUGGUUGCUGCUUUGUUGACCUGGGGAAGACGAGGAUCAUGGCCCAGGUGUCCUGUGAGCUCAUUACUCCGAAAGAGAACCGACCGAAUGAAGGAAUCAUGUUCUUCAACAUUGAGCUGUCUCCCAUGGCUUCACCGUCAUUUGAGAUGGGCAGGCAGUCAGAGCUGUUGGUGAAGCUGAACAGACAGUUGGAGAGAUGCCUCAGGAACUCCAAGUGUAUAGACACAGAGUCUCUGUGUGUGGUGUCUGGAGAGAAGGUGUGGCAGAUUAGGGUGGACGUCCACUUGCUGAACCACGAUGGUAACCUGAUGGACGCUGCCAGCAUUGCUGCCAUCGCGGCCCUCUGUCACUUCAGACGGCCCGAUGUGGGCAUCCAGGGAGAGGAAGUCACUGUGUACAGUACAGAGGAGAGAGACCCCCUUCCCCUUAGCAUCUACCACAUGCCCAUCUGUGUUAGUUUCUCCUUCUUCCAACAAGGGACCUACCUGUUGGUUGACCCGUGUGAGCGUGAGGAGCGUGUGAUGGACGGCCUUCUGAUGAUAGCCAUGAACAAACACAGAGAGAUCUGCUCCAUCCAGUCUAGUGGAGGCAUCAUGCUGCUCAAAGACCAGGUCCUCAGGUGCAGUAAGAUCGCUAGUGUCAAAGUGUCAGAGAUCACAGAGCUAAUCAACAAAGCCUUGGCGAACGACAAGAAGGCCAGAAAAACUGGGGGUAAGUUUGGCUUCGCAGAGUCGUUGCCCCAGGAGCGAAUCACAGCGCUGAAAACAGACGUGUCACCUGUGGAAAUGAGUGACGUCAAGGAGAAGGCCAAUGAGAUCGUCCAGAGAGCUGAGGUCCCACCCCAAACCGUUCCCUCUCCAGUGUUAACUGCUCCAGGUACAGGCCAGGUGGGGGAGGGGAUAGAGAACUCCUGGGGUCUGGAGGAAGAGGAAGAGGAGGAGGAGGAAGAAGAGACCAUGGAGUUGGAAGAGGGACAUGAGGAAAAGGAGAGAGGUGACGUGGUGGUCAUCUCAAACAGUGACAGCGAGGAGGAGGACGUUGUCAUCUUGAACCAGGUGACAACAAAGGAGAAGGCCUCGAGCUCUAACCAACAGGGGGCAGUAGCUUCCAAGCAGCAGAAAAAGAAGAAGAGGAAGUGAAAUAUGUUUUUUUUUUUGAGCGGAUGGAACAUAAAUACAAAUAAACAGUAGACUGGAAAUUGACCACAAGAAGCCCCAAAAUAUAUGACUGAAACAAUAAUUUCAAACCAUGCUUACAUUUGUAUACAAACACUUGUCUCUAUUAUGUGUGAGAAUACUUGAACAGAUUUCCAAAAUUAAAAUAACUUGGAAGAUG